GAGCUUCUUCCGGUGUUUCCCACACGUCACUCAGCCCACUCAGGAAAUCCACAACCCUGUGGCCUGGGCCAGCCGGCCACUCCCUACUGACCGCCUCCGCCGACGAGACAUACUACCAAACAUUGUCGCUUAAAACAGUGGCGGUUAAGUCUUCGGGUGGUGUGCGUCCGAACUUUGGUCGGCCACAUUUUAGUCUUUUGCAGAUCCCACUCCCUGCAGUAGGAAUUGGUCUUCCUCCCUGGGCACAGUAGUGGGCAGUCGACCGCUGGGUAGGAUUCCAACAUCUGCAGUUGGAUUUUUGACCUUCAACCGUCUAGAGAAACAGCAUCAUCCCGCGUCUAAACGGACUCGAGAAGGCAAACAAAGAACCAAUCUGGUCCUCCCCACCAGCUCGAGGGACUGAACUCAACCAAUCUUCAUGGCAACAAUUAUAUAAAAGACCUGUCUUUGAGAGGCGUACAUCUACAAAGGGACGAGCCCCCUCGCGCGACCAUGACGACGCCUGCGCCAACGGCGGACAAGACCGCCAAGCAAGGCUUUAUCCCGCUGGUCUCGGUUGUCGAUUUCCAUCAUGCGCGUGGCCCCGAGGUGGAAAGAUGGUUCGGUGUUGAGGAGGGCCGGGAUCCGGCUGCCGAGUAUGACUGGACACUACUGCCCUUCAUGGCGUUGAGUGAUGGUGCACAUGCCUUGACUGAGGACUUUUCGUACUUCACACUGCUGCGCCCCGCCACAGACGCGGGCCCUGCAACAUCUCUCUUUGGCAUAUCGUGCACAAGACAGAUGGACGCUGCGCAGUUGCUUGUGAGACCCGCCGAUGUCACCCGAUCAACCGUCCAGAAGGCCGUUGUGGUCAUUGCGGACAGCCCGCAGUACUUUGGCAUGCUCCGGGAGCGCCUGAGCGUUGUGACCAAGGCCUGGUUUGCCCAGCGCGAGUUCACUGACACUGAGAUUCUGCGCCGCUUCCAGGAGAGCCUAGCUGACGAGAAAGAGCGGGGCAUGAUGGACGAGGACGAGGAUAGGGACCAAUAUUUGGGGCUGAAUCUCAGGGAGUUGGUGCGCGAGUUCAGAUGGCAGACGCUGGUUUUGCUCAAGUGCUGCUUAUUACAACCCAAGAUGCUCUUCUUCGGCACGCGGUGCGAGCGGCUUUGUCUCACCCAGUUUUCCCUCAUCUCCUUGAUCCCGGGACUUCUCCGCAACCUGCAGGACUCUGCCGGGCCGGAGCUGGACAGUUACGAGAAGGGUCUCUCACAGGCCACAAGCUUGAGGACUAGUGACCGGAACUCUCUGCUCUCGUAUAUGGGUUUGCCCCUGCAAAUAUUCGGCAAGGGUAGCUUGUUGGGCCCUUACACUCCUCUUCAGCAAUUAGACAUCCUCGCUGAUUACGGCACCAAAUCGUACGUUGUUGGCAGCACGAACUCUCUCCUUUUGCAGCAAAAGGAUCGGUAUAGCGACAUCUUGAUCAACCUUGAUGAGGGGACUAUCAAUAUCACGUCUCCAUCCUUAAAAGCCGCCCUACAGCUCUCCACCCCUGACCGUCGCUGGAUAGAUUUCAUCACCCAAAACGUAAACGACACCUGGGACGAUGCAAAUCCCAGCCGGCCCAAGACCAUGGGCUAUGUCGGCAGCGAGGAGUUCAUCCGCGUACAGUUCGAGGAGUACCUCCUUGCGCUCAUAUCAUCCGUCAAAUACCAUAACCAUUUAGCAAAGUAUGCGAAUAACCCUAGGAUGCUACUCCCCGAGGUCGAUGGGGACCCGUCGGUCGACUUCGGCCAAGACUUCAUCGAAGCGUGGUCCCGGACGGAGAAUUACCGCAUUUGGAAUACUCAUACGGACUCGCACCUUUUUGACAUUGUGGAACCGAAACACCCCUGCGCCGGCGGCCUCACGAUAGAGGACAUCCAGCGCCGCAUUACCCAGCAGGUACAGGAUCUGCACUGGGAUGAGCGCUUCGCACAGGGCAGGGAGGUGCUCGGUCGCAACUUAGCUGCCGGCCGAGAGAAGGCUAGCACCUUGUUCAAUAAGUUAUACGCAGACAUGGAGGCCCUGCGAGAGGCGCAGAGGAAGCGCGCGGAAGAAGCCAGGGCACAACAGGCGGCCACAGGGGCGCAGAAUGAGAAAACUGACAGUAGCGGCGCCCAAGGCGCACAGCAGGCAGCGCAGACCAUGAGCAGCAGAGCCGGGGCGUUUGUGAACAGCUGGGCCGCCUGGGCGGGAGAGAAGCGGAGGGCUGCCGGUUGGGGUCGGCCUUCUGGGAACACGGACAACAGCAGCACCGCCGGCGGAAGAGGUGGCUGGGGAGGUAGUUGGGGCCGAUCCAACAAGAACCGGGCAUCGCUCAUAAGCGGGGGCUCCGGCUCUGACGCCGGGUCAGAUCAGGAACCGCGAAAAUCAGCGUCUUCGGCCGUCACAAGAGGGACAGAUGAGUCCGAUCGGACGGCCGCAGAAAGACUUAUUAAUGGGCCCAGGGGUUCCAUCAGCGGCGAGUCCAUGUUGGGCUCGGACAGCGCCGCGUCAUCGCGGCCAUUGUCGCGGGAGAGCAUUACUGAAAUGCCUGCUAUUGAUACUGUCGCCUCUGCAGGGGGGAACGAUAUGGACGGAAGAGCCCUGCUCAAUGGAAAUAGGGCUGUCCCAGGUACCACAGACAAGGGGUCAGGGCAGGAGAACGUGCUUGAACCUGUCUCAGCGGAUAGGGGCGCGGUAGGGGACACGAAACCGGGCCCAUCUUCACCCUGAACUAUGCCACCCACAUCUUGCGGCUACCACUAACGCUGCUUGGGGGGAUGUAGCUGGGGGAAGGAAGUGAGAUGGGUCGGAUGGAUCUGCUAAUUGCCGCAGCGGCAUUGGUAUGUUGAAUACACAGCGUGGGAGUAUACGGGCAGAUGUACACCGGAUGAAAGUAAUGACGUGAAUGUACAAAGGAAAGCUACGGAGUAACGCUGUAAAAGGGGAUCUGGAUCGCUGAUGGUUACUGUGGUGAAUAAAUCCCAGGAAAUCGCAUCAACGCCUGUAAUAAAUAUCGGUCAGUUUACUUGGACUAUGCAUUACUGGGAGACAGAUCACUGGAAGACAGAAGUGUAAAGUAAGAAACAUGAUCCCGCGGCAUCGCGCCAAGCAGAGCAACUUCAUAGCAC